UGUGUUAAAUCCCGGGAGAUCAGCACCUUCUGAAAUACUCAAACCAGCCUGUUUGGCAGCAACAACCAUGCCACGGCCACUGAGAUCAGAUUCAUUUCCCCCAUUUUGAUGUUUAACUAAAGACCUGUAUCUGCAUGAUUUUGUGCAUUGUGCUGUUGCCCCAUGAUUGACUGAUUGGAUACUUGAAUGACUGUGUUCCGGUUAAGUGUCCAGUGAGUGUACGCGUUCAUAUAAUAUAAUAGAGAAGUGCAAUCUUUUUGAAGUGCGUACAGGAUUCCAACAUUUUCAUGAACAUUAUUUGGACAGCGUGCUGAAAUGCGGGAAUUUGGUGUUACUCUGGUUGUUUUAUGAUCAUGUAUUAAUGACUGGAGACUCACAUUUGCAAACUACUACUUUAACUGGUGGGAGUUUCAGGAAAAUGAAAGGCAUGAAAAUGCGAACAUGAAUCAUGACAGCACAUUGAAGAGCUUUAAUUGGUACAGGAGUACUGUGAGAUGGAGCUUGUGUGUGUUAAUAGGCACAGAUUUCUGAGUCAGGUACUCAUAGCGCUUCAUUAUUACUAUUAUUGCUGAUGUUCCAGUGCGGGGGCGAACGAUUGUUUUUUGACCAAUGUUAGCUGACGGCCUGUGGGCUAAUGUUAGUUCUUUCUCCCUCUCUUCUUCCUACAACCACUUGCUUCAGGUCACUAGCAUCUGCAGGACUUCAUGUCUAAUCCUUGAACAGCGAGUUCCUCAGACAGCUAAAUGAAGAAAUCGAAUGUAAUGUAAAGCAUGACCAGAAGGCGGAAGUGACAUGAUGGAAAGCAUAACAGACAUGUUUUACUCUGUUUGUGUUUCAGAGGACAGGAAGCUGUUUGUUGGCAUGCUGAACAAGCAGCAGACGGAGGAGGAUGUGUACCGCCUUUUCGAGCCUUAUGGAGUGAUUGAAGAGUGCACCGUAUUGAGGGGUCCUGAUGGAAACAGCAAAGGAUGUGCCUUUGUUAAGUUCUCCACACACACCGAGGCGCAGUCAGCAAUCAGUGGCCUCCACGGGAGCCAGACCAUGCCGGGAGCAUCCUCCAGUCUGGUAGUGAAGUUCGCCGACACUGAUAAGGAGAGGACCAUCCGCCGCAUGCAACAGAUGGUCGGCCAGUUUGGCAUCUUCAACCCUGCUGUGGCUCUGCCAUUCAGCACAUACAGCAGCACCUACAGCACCUACACGCAUGCUCUGAUGCAGCAGCAGGCGGCCAUAAUGGCUGCGUCUCACGGUGGCUACCUGGCACCCAGCAUGGCGUUUCCGGCUACACAGAUCCACCAGGUGGGGGCGAUCAACAUGAACGGCCUGCCACCGACUCCCAUGACUCCAGUGUCAGGACUGAGUUCUCCCCCUGCUAACCUGGCAUCCUCGGGCGUGCCCAGCAUAGUGACACCCAUCGUUAAUGGCUUCACUGGUAUCCCAACGCAGCCCAACGGUCAUCCGGUGGAGGCGGUCUACGCCAACGGCCUGCCACCGUACUCCACCCAGAGCCCCACUGCUGCCGACACACUUCAGCAGGCCUUCACUGGCGUCCAACAGUACACAGGUUGA